CACAAAGGGAGUGAGUAUCCAGCAGCCCUUUGCCAGUGGUCUGUGUGAUCUGUGUGAAGCUUUUAUCCCUGCAGCCAUGAGUUACUCUCGCUCUGUGUAUUCCUCAAACUCCAUAGUGGGAGGUAGUAGUUAUCGCCCCUUGAGCUCUGCUCCCAGGUAUGUACCAGGUAGCAGCUCUGCUAGUGUCCAUGCUGGGGCAGGGGGCUCAGGGGCCCGCAUCUCAGUGUCCAGGGUAUCUACUGUGGGCUCUGGGGUUGGCGGUGGCUUUGGAGGUGGCUUCAAUGCAUCAUCUGGAGGCAGCCUGAUUGGAGGGGUCCAGAAUGAGAAGGAGACCAUGCAAUGCCUGAAUGACCGACUGGCAUCCUACCUGGACAGGGUACGCAGCCUAGAAGCUGCCAAUGAGAAACUGGAACUGCAAAUCCGCCAGCACUUGGAGAAGAAGGGACCAACCAAGGACUGGAGUCCAUACUUUCAAAUGUUGGAUGACCUGCGGAAACAGGUAUUUGACAGUACCGUAGAUAAUUCCCAGUUAGUUUUGCAGAUUGACAAUGCACGUCUGGCUGCAGAUGACUUCAGAGUUAAGUUUGAAUCCGAGUUGGCUAUUCGUCUGUCGGUGGAAGCAGAUAUUAAUGGACUACGUAAAGUUAUAGAUGAUACCAAUGUUACCAGGCUCAAUCUUGAAAAUGAGAUUGAAUCUCUGAAGGAGGAGCUUAUUUUCCUGAAGAAGAAUCACCAGGAUGAUGUGGAUGCUCUUCAAGCUCAGAUUGCUGGUUCUGCGGUAACUGUUGAAGUAGACGCCCCCAACACUCAAGACCUUGGCAAAGUUAUGGCAGAAAUCCGGGCACAGUAUGACGGACUCGCCCAAAAGAACCGCGAAGAUGCAGAGAAGUGGUACCAGUCAAAGGUGGAAGAACACACUAUGCAGAUCACACACGACACACAAGAACUUCAGUCUGCAAAGAAUUCAGUAACGGAACUAAGACGAACCUUACAGUCCCUGGAAAUAGAAUUAGAUGCUCUGCGCAACCAGAAAGCUAACCUUGAAGGUACCUUACACGAAACAGAAAAUCGGUAUGCAAUGGAGCUAGAAAUGCUUGGCGGAAACGUACAGUCAUUUGAGGCAGAGCUGGGACAAGUCCGCAGUGACUGUCAGAGACAACAACAGGACUACCAGUCUCUUCUCAACACCAAAAUGAAGCUGGAGGCUGAAAUCCACACAUACAGACGUCUUCUCGACGGAGAUGACUUUGACCUUCAAGACGCAGUCUCGGCAUCAACAACACAAACAGUCAAGAAAGUGAUCACAACCACACAGAAAAUCAUAGAUGGAAAAGUUGUGUCAGAAAACAACGACACACGUGUUAUCUCAUCCUAACCCAAAUGUUACGAUAGUUAACAUCCAAAUUAAAUAAAGGUCCGUGGUUUCAAUGUU